GGUAAGUGGACACGGCCUCCCCUUACAAUCCAGGGGAAUCUAGGUAUCGGAUAGGUUUAAGACCUAAACACAUAGUGGGGUUAUUCGUGAGAGAUAGAUGCCUCAAGGGGGUUACACAAAGGUAAUCUAGGGAUUGUUCCACUUUUCAUCAUAAUUGACUCGCCAUUCCCACGGGAUCUAAAUAAAUUAACUACAGAUUAUCAUUUGGUAAGGUAACUAUAAUUCAAGGUUUGACAUCUGGUUCGGAUAUUACAUCUGUGAGGAAUAUCCUAGUGAGUUUUGGAUUUAUUACAUUUUAUGGGAAACUACCUCGGGAACUUAUGGAUAUUUUUCAAACAUUUUUCUCCCUAAGUAUCGGAUCUAAUGUUGAUUUUUUUUUUUUUUUUUUAACUUGGAAUCGUUUGUAACUGGAAGUAAGUCCCUACUCCAGAGGAUGCCCUUUACUCUGAAGAGUCUAUACAGGUAAUAUGUAAUUACUUCAAGGACCUUCCAUCUUGGGUUGUCAGUAUUUUUCCUCUUGGCAACAGCUGAUGGUUGGAGUACUUUUGCCAUUUUUGCAUCUGUGGAUACAGCCUUGUCUGGAUUUACGUUUUGAACAAGGGGAUGGAAGAACUUUACGUUCGUUACAGGUCCCAAGUAAGACAGAUUAGUGUAUGUAUUCACGGCUAUCUCAGUCUUUUUAGGAUGAAACUGUAUAUUGUCACCACUUUUUGUCCCAAAUAUGGAAGCUAUACCAAGAAGACUUUUCAAGAACGAUGAGGAUCCAAACAACCAACUAUCAAAAGUUUGUGGAGCUAAUCUUGCUUUGGAUUGAGGGCCACGAAGACACAAGAAGGCUGCAUAGUUGGGAUGUAACCUCCUGGAUGUACGCAAUACGAUACCCCAUGUUGGAUGUACUGAUGUGGACCCUAGUGUGGAUAGGUGUAGCUGCCAUUCAUUUGGAUUACUCAAGUGUGGAUGUAGCUGUGUAAGGCCUCAGUGAGGAGAAGAAAACUCCAAGUAUGUUAUAGAGAGCUGUAGACAACUUUUUCAAAGUAACUUGAAACUUUACUACAGAAAGAUGAAGCCUGCCGAUUCGCACACCCGAUGGGAUCCAUGGAUUGUGGAAUUAUGUCAUCCUUAUGAGCCCAUGAGGAUUUUAUAUUCUGUGAUCAUAGCGUCUGCGAGUCCAUGAGCUUGUGUGAUGUUAGACUACUUGACAUUAACCAGUGGAAUACACUUUUGGCCUUUUUAAUGUAAAGGUUAACUUCUGGGACAAAGUAUCUCCUCAUGCAGCAAGACUGAUCCAGUUGGAUGUAUUUUUCAUUUGGGCACCAACUUCUUGUAUAAGUCAACCUGGAGUCUGCGAAUUAUCCCGAAGUUCAUCAUCCUUUUUUUCUUUUUAACUCAUAUUUAUUUAUUGAGGUUGUAUGUUCCUAUGUUUUUUUCACAUGUCCUGAAAUCCAUAAAGAGCUCCAUUUCUGUGGUUGUUUUUGUUUUUCCCUUUUUCCAUCCAGUGAAGAGAAUUAAGUAGCCUGUGGAUUAUACCUCAACAAUCUACUGGCCUGGUGCUCCACAGUAUUUGAAGAUAACGUGCAGUGCGAUUCAAGAGAACCGUUUUUGCCUAAUUAGAUCAGUUGAUUUUUCCCCUUGGUUUUUCAUUCGGGCUCUCACAUUCUGACCACCUAGAUUUUAUUUGGAUUAGUUUCGGUAACUUCUUUUCCAAAAGUAGCUCAGAAAGCCGUGAACGUGCAUAUGAUCACAGCCCAUAUGGACACCAUGACCGCAGCAGCACUUUCGACAGGCAGCGUCACUACAACGCUGAUUAUUACCGCGACCGCUCUAUGUUUGCUGCUGCUGGCCCAGGGAGCAGUGCUAUCGGGGGGAGCUUUGAGGCAUCAGACCCACAUUUUGACUCUAGAAUUCGAGACCCCUUCACUCUCACUAAUUCUACACGGCGUGACCUGUACAGAGAUGACAGAGGACGGCGUGUUGAUAGAACUUAUCAUCACCGUCGCAGCCGGUCAUCUCAUUCCUCACAGUCAAGGCACCCUUCCCCACAACGGACCACAGGACAAAACCCCAAAACUCCUCAUUCCCCUAAAAGAGCUCCUUUGUCCCCUGGGAGAGGCCCGAGAUCUCGAUCCCGCAGUAGAUCCUCGAGCUCUGAUUCUGUCAGCAGCACCAGCAGCACGGGCAGCGGCAGUGAUUCAAACAGCAGCUCAAGCGAUGGGUCGCGUGCACGCUCUGUUCAGUCGUCUGCUGCACACGCCCCUCCUCAGUCAUCAAUGGUGCUUGACUCAGAUGAGCCACGCAGAAGCUUUGGAAUUAAAGUGCAAAACCUACCAGUGCGCUCCACAGAUACAAGUUUAAAAGACGGACUCUUCCAUGAAUUCAAGAAACAUGGGAAAGUGACCUCAGUGCAAAUUCAUGGAGCAUCAGAAGACCGCUAUGGCUUGGUUUUCUUUAGACAGCAGGAGGAUCAAGAGAAAGCCCUCAGUGUCUCCAAAGGAAAGCUGUUCUUUGGCAUGCUUAUUGAAGUCACUGCCUGGAAUGGUCCUGAAACGGAAAGUGAAAAUGAGUUCAGGCCCUUGGACGGGCGGAUAGAUGAGUUCCACCCAAAGGCCACAAGGACACUGUUUAUAGGCAACCUUGAAAAGACCACCAGUUAUCAACAACUCCUUGACAUUUUUCAGCGCUUUGGAGAAAUUGUGGACAUUGACAUCAAGAAAGUAAAUGGAGUUCCCCAGUAUGCCUUUGUGCAGUAUUCUGAUAUUGCCAGUGUGUGUAAGGCCAUAAAGAAGAUGGAUGGAGAGUAUCUGGGGAGCAACAGACUGAAGCUCGGUUUUGGGAAGAGUAUGCCCACAACGUGUGUUUGGCUGGAUGGUUUGGCAACCAAUAUUACCGAACAAUACCUCACACGGCAUUUCUGUCGCUACGGACAUGUAGUGAAGGUCGUGUUUGAUAGAUUGAAAGGGAUGGCCCUCAUCAUGUACAACAACACAGAUUUUGCUCAGGCAGCUGUAAGGGAGACCAAAGGCUGGAAGAUUGGUGGCAAUAAAAUAAAGGUGGACUUUGCAAGUCAAGAGAGUCAGAUGGCGUUCUACCGAUCUAUGCAGGCAUCUGGUCAAGACAUUAGGGACUUCUAUGAAAUUCCUCCCGAGCGACGAGAGGAUCGCAGACCUCCAUACCAUGAAUUUACAGCAGAAAGGGCUUACUAUGAGAAUAUACGAACCCCUGGCCUAUAUCCAGAGGAUGCUCGAAGAGAUUAUGCUGCUCGCAGCAGAGACCGCUUCCCUGAACUGGAACAUUAUCAGGGGGAUCACUUUGACCCACGUUAUCAUGAAGAUCCAAGAGACUACAGGGACUACAGAGACCCCUUUGAGCAAGACAUCCGAAAAUACACAUACAUUCAAAGAGAGCGAGAAAGAGAGCGAGAGCGCUUUGAGGCUGACCGCAGCAGGUGGAGCCCUUCUCAUCCAAGGCGGCCCAUUACUCCUACAGUAUCACCUUCGCCAUCUGAGCGUGCUCCCAGAGACUCAGAAAGACGGGUUUACAGCCAGUCCUCUGAGCGAAGUGGUAGUGUGAGCUCAAUGUCACCACCGCACUUUGACAAGUCAGAAAAGACCUUACUGGAACAUGCCUCGAAGAGUGACAAAGGUGAGAAGAGCAGUCAACCAGAUCGCGUUGCAGGUGCUGAGAAAACAAAACGUGCCAAAAGAAAAGAGAAAGGUGACAAAGACAAAGCUGAGAAGAUUAAAUCAAGGAAAGCAAAGGGACAAUCCCCAUCCAACCCACUGCCUGAAACAGAACUUGAGGCUGGCUUUGAUGGAGGCUCUGGAAGAGGAAGGGGAUCAGACCAAGAUGCUCAUGAGAGGCAGAAAUGUAAGGAUAGUGACUCUGUUUCUGGGAAUCAGUUGUCAACUGCUCAUCAUGACUCCAUAAAACCUGAAAGAUCUGAAAUGAGUAAAGGUGAUAAUACAGACUUGGAUGGGAAGAGUCGACUCAAGAAACAUCUAAAGUCUGAUGCUGGAAAUGAUGGUAAAGAUUUAUCAGUGGACUCUGAUCGCCUUGCUGCAAGGAAAAGGCGCUUUGCUGAUUCUGGAGGAAGGACUAUUCGUCAGAAGAGAAGCAGGCAUGAGGAGGAGGACGGUAAUCAGUCCUCUGACUUUGGUGCCAGUGCCUCAUAUUUGAAAGAGUCAGACACUGACAAACACAAAGAAUCACAGCGGAGGGAUGCAAGACUCAAAACUGAUAAAAGUGGCACUCAGAAGGAUAGUCAAGAGGACCUUAGAGGACAAAGAGAGAAAUCUGAGGGAUCUUUAGAUGCACUGGAGUCCAAACGACACCCAGGGCACACUUCAUCCAGAAGGUUUUCACAUGAGGGAAUUGCAGAACAAAGCAGUGCAAGGGAACAAGAACACCAUGCUGCUUUCAAAAGUGGUAGUCAGAAUACUGAAACUGACAAAAGCAGCAAGAACAAGGAAGACCACGUUGACAUUGACCUGUCUCAGAGUUACCGCAAGCAAAUGGAGCAGAACAGACGUUUGCACCAGCAGCAACAGCAGCGCGAAUCUGACAAACCUGACAAACCAGAAAGUCCUCAAGGAAGUGAAACGGAGGACUUGGAACAUCGCAGUCUUGUGCAUGAAGUUGGUAAACCACCUGAGGAUGUCACAGAUAAUUUCCCAUCUCAUAAACUAAAGAAACUAGACCAAUUUGAUGCAGACUCAGGGAUAAAGAGGGAGCGUGUCUACAGGAGCUUCAGACAAAAAAGUGAAGAUCCUGACUGGAACAACACCUCUUCUCCGGGACAUCAGCACUUCUCUCAUCAUGCAGAUGAGGACUUUGUGGAUCCUUCUCAGAAAGAGUUAAGUCGGAAUGAUGAAAAAAUCCACCCAGAUCUGGAGUUAUUAGUCAAAAGGACACAUAACACACAAGUAAACAAACCAAACACUCCUUUACUAAGUGUGGAAGAAGAGCAACAAAAGAGAUGGGAAAACAGAGUUAAACAAGACUUGUUACCUGACCUGAACUUUUCCAGAAAUCUAGGUAAAAACAUUCACAAUUGCAGGCGUUCAGAAUAUGGUAUUUGGCAUGACUUGGAGCCUGGGGAAGUGAGAUCUGACUCUGAAGAGGACCGAGAGCCCAAACCCCACUCCCCUGUACCCUCAACAUCCAGGCCGAGGGUUGACAGGUUUUCAGACCCCAAACUAGCACAUCUUGAAAGGAAUAAAUUCUACUCCUUUGCACUUGACCAGACCAUCACACCUGAUACGAAGGCUCUGCUUGAGCGUGCAAAAUCUCUCUCAUCUUCCAGAGAAGAUAACUGGUCAUUUUUAGAUUAUGAUUCUCACUUUGCUAGUUUCCGCAACAGGAAAGAUACUGAGAAAGUAGAAUCAACGCCAAGACCUACACCUUCCUGGUACAUGAAAAAGAAAAAGAUUCGAAGUGGAUCUGAAGACAAACUUGAUGACAGGAAGGAAGAGCCCAAGCCAGAGGAGCAGGAACGCAGGGAACUAUUUGCCUCCCGCUUCCUUCAUAGCCCCGUCUUUGAAUUGGAUUCUAGACGACUUCAACAUUUGGAACGCAAACAUGAAGAACCUGAGCAUACACAAAACCAACAACCUGGUCAGCAAGGUGCAGUAGAUGGUGAACUUGACUCAGGGCCAGUUGUCCUUUUCCAUAGUCGUUUUUUGGAACUCACGCGAUUACAACAACAGAAGAAUAAAACCCAGCAGCUGCAAGAGACAAAAGGGGACACCGUGCUCACCGAUGAGAAUAAAGCGGAAAAGGCUCCUGCUCAAGAGCAGCAAGCUUUGCAGUCGCCUGAAACAGCUGGACCUAUGAUGGAGCCAGAAAUUAAACCUAUCAGUCCCGCUGAAGAGCUGAUUUCUGAGCCACAACUGACACCUACUCCUGUCACCCAGCCUGUGGUUAAGGACUUUCCUCCACCAGAAGACAAAGGUGUUGUGUUAAAUCCAGCCCCUGAUCCACAUCCCUCUAUGCCUUUCGUAAAGGAAGAGGUAAAAGAAGAGAUAAAAGAAAAUGAACAUGUUGUACCCAUGCACCACCCACCAACUGAGACAACCUCUGAUUCUGAACCUGCACCUGUAGCAGCCCCUGAACCCAGUUAUUCAAUGGAUAGAAGUAAGCUUUCUCCAUCUGAAGAGAAAUUGGAAAUUGUCACUGAGGAUGUAAAACCUCCUGUUACAGAACAGCCAUGCCGUCGCGAUUCGAUGAGUCGUGAAGAUGAGUUUGUUAGCAGUUCAGAACCAGAGCUGGAUCUUGAGACAACACAACCAGAAGUGCCUGAAGCCACUAGUCCCAUACCAUCUAGUCCUCUAGAGGAGGUGGAUGCAGUCAAGAAAGAGACACAUUCCACUUGUAAAGCAGUAGCAGACCCUGAGGGAGAGAAGAAACUCCAAGUUACUCAAGUGCAGAUGUCUGUUGAUAAUGACACAAAUGAUGAACCAGUCUUGCCCCAGAAAGAGUAUAAAACAAAAGAAAUGAAAAAUAAAAAGUGCAAACAAUCCCCUGCUCAAGUUACUCCUGUUCCUGUCAUGUCUACCUCUGGUUCUGAGAAACAGGCUACACGCAAGAGUGAGCGCAUUGACAAAGAGAAGCUGAAACGUGGCUCAUCCCCAAGAGCUGAGUCAAAAUCCACAGGAAAAUCUCCUAUUCAUGGAUCAGAUCCUGAUAUAUUAGAGCAGAGCAUAUCAUUAGGCAGAGCCAGACGAAGAAAUGUCAAAUCCGUAUAUGCCAAACCAGUUGAGGAUGAAGCACCAGUUCGUGCUGUAAAGGAAAUCACAGAGUCACUACGCUCUGCACGAAAGCGAGGUACAGACAAAGAUGCAGCACAACAAAAUAUUGAGCAGGAUCCGCCUGCUCCAACCCCUGCAACUAAACGCGGCCGCCCUCCCAAGAAUCGCAGACAAGGUGACGAGAGUUCUGCCAUUAAAGUAGAAAAAUUAAAAAUGGACAAAGACACGGAUUCAAAUGAAUCAGAAAGUGGUGAACGGAUGCCAAGAGUGUCAAAAGGGAAAACUUCCCCUCAUGCCACAAAGGGCUCAUUGAAUCAGGCACCUACAGCCCUAGGAUCUGGAUCAGCAAGGAAGGGGGACAAAACUGAUGUGGCUGAGGAUGAUGAGCAGGAAAUGGACUUCACAGAUGAAGAUACUGUGGCUUUGCAAGAUUCGUCCAGUUCAUGUAAAGACGAUCCAUCAACAAAAGUUGACCAAACAAAAGAGGAGAAAGACAAACAAGGCAGAGAAUUGGCCAAAGAUAAAGAUGUUCUCCAUGACAAGACUUGUGAGGGUAAAUCAAAUGGGAAAGAGACUGAUUCUGCAGUCUUAGAAGAGAAACCCACCUCAGAAAAAGAAAAGAUUGGUAGAGGAAAAACCAAGUUGACAAGGACUCCUAAGUCCCCUGUCCUCAAGAACCUCAAAAUAAGACUACAUGUCACAGAGGUGAAAAAUCUUCUUCAGUUAGGGGAAGAUGAGCUUGGGAAUCAAGAAGAUUCCUCAAGAAAGUUUAAACCUGGUGACCACAGUGACCAUGUUUCAAAGUGCAGUGAUGCCAACAAAGGAGACUCCAACAAUGAAGAAAAGGAAAAUGCUGCUCUGGAAAAGAAGGAGCCUCUGGAAACAUCAAAAGGCUUAAUUUCACAGGAACGGGAAUUGGAGCAGGCUGUGGAAAACAUUGCCAAACUUACCGAUCCAGCUUUUCCAGCAGAACCACCAACACCACCUGUCCCAGAAGUAAAAAGUGACCCAGAUGAAGAAAAACCUUCUAAUCCUGCUAGCGAGACAGAACUCAUGGCUGCUAUUUGCUCAAUAACUGCUGACGAUGCAACGGUAACCCAGCCACCUCCAAUAAGUACAGAUAUAGGUUCUGAACCUGAGAUGCAAGACUUUAUUCAGCCUGCCAAGGAAGAUGACGCUGAAACAAAUACAUCUGCUAUACAGGAGGAAACUUCUUUUCCAACCACACCCAAAAAGGGCACAAAGGGAAGACCCAAAACACCUAAACGUUCUAAAGGCCAAAAGCAAGUAAAAAAGGAUUCAAAGGAGGGACAUUCAGUUAGUGAGGAAUUGACAGCUACAGUAACAGAUGGCAUGGCUUCUGGUGUAAAGGUUGUUUCUGAGACAACUCCAUCAGCAGCAGCUGCCACAGUCAUUACUCCCACCACCUGGAAGCCAGAACCUGAGCCUUCCACUGUCAAGGCUACAGAUGUAAAUGCAGAGUCAGAGUCAGCUUCUGAAGAACAGGUUCAACAUCUUAAAUCUGUUUACCCCCAGUCUAAGAGUCCUAUAUGCCCAAAGCCUCAACAACUGCCACCUGAAUGCAUCUCACCAUCCCUGUCUCCACUAGCUAACAGGCCAAAUAUCAGACCCAUUCAGACAAGUAGGACUCCUGUUUCUCCACCAGAUUGGCGCCACCAGUCUAAAGAGAUAGGUGUCUCCUCUUCACCUGUCAUGCCAGUAGCUUCCAAGGAAAACCAGCCUUUAUCUUCAGAGUCUGAAAACAUGGAAACUGAACAUGGCACAAGUGACUUGAGACAGAUUCUCAUGAAACACAAACAUAUUACACUGCCAGGAAGUAGUUCUAUUUCUAGCAAUCUGCCCACCCUCCGAGAUCAGAACCCAUCUGAAAGUAAUACUCCAGCAGCUGUUGUGCCAAAUAAGUCACCAGUACCUGAUAGUAGAAUGCCAGCUCAUUCAGCUCCGCCCAUUGUUCGACCUCCAGCCUCACUACCAUCCCCUGAGACUAAGUCUGUGAUCUCUGUAAUUGCAUCCACUGCAACCUCUGUCAUCAGUCGCGUUUGCAACCCUCCUGAACCUGAAGACAAAGUAAACAUGAACAUUGUAAAUCCCAGUGCGGACAUGGCUCUACCCAAAUCAACAUAUAGACCCAGCAAAGACGACACUGGAUCAUACCACGGGCCAUCUGUUGGUGAUGAUGGAGGAAGUGCUGCACGCUUCAUUGUUGAGAGCCCCACUCUUGGUAUGGGAUCUCUCUCUGGUCUGAGGGUGAAUACAUCUGAAGGGGUGGUCGUAUUGAGCCACUCAGGCCAGAAAACAGAGGGACCCCAGCGGAUUAGUGCAAAAAUAAGUCAGAUCCCACAAGCAACAGCAGGUGACAUGGAAUCUCAGCAGUUGGUGUCCAUGCCCCAGAUUAAACAGGAAAUGUAUGGACAUCCUCAGUCAGGACUUCAAAAGGGACCUUCAUCUCAGACAGAUCAUGGGCAUCCUGGUAAGACACAGUCAGCUUUGUCUUCUAUUAAACAGGAAAGCUCAGGUUUGGAAAAGAUGGAGUCUACUUAUCAGUCUGGACCUCAAGGAGUAGUGAAGCGUCUCACGCCAGGUAACCAGCAGGUACUGAGUUACCAUCAAGACUACAUGCCAUUAAAACAUCAGAAGAAAAUGGAGAGUGCUGAUCCUCACAGUACAGAUGGAGCUAAACCUUGGACCUCUGCUAUAAGUCCUGCAAUAAGCCCUCAUUUGCCCUCUCCACCAGGCAAUCAUGUGGGUUUUGUUACAGCAGCUGGUGACAGAGCUCCUUCACAUCUCAGCGGGGUCAAACAGGAACCACGAUCCCCACGCAAGUCAGGUCAUCCGCACUCUCCAUUUACGAAAGUGUCCUCACCCAUAGGCUCCUCAUCACCCAAGGGCAUACCAGUGAUGUUGUCCACAGGCAUUCCUGCCAUGCAACAGUUUAUUCCUGGUGUACACCAUCCAGAGCAGUCUGUUAUCAUGCCACCUCACAGUGUGCCUGGAGGCUUGGGACGGAUGUCUCCUCACUGUGUUACCCAAUCAAUUCCAGUGGGGCAUCUUGUUCAAGGAGAUGUUCGGGUCAAUACUCCACCUCUCUCUGUGAUGAGUUACGGGAUGCACAGUGAGCCUCUUGCCUCUCCUUGGUCUGGUGCCAUGCAGCCACGGCCCACCUCACCUCAGGCCGUCAGCAGAGACAAGGUUCUCAAGGUGAACCCCGGGUCUUUGAGGAGUCAUGAGGCGGAACAGGAAGAAGCCAGACACUUCCACAUGGCAGGAAGACAAUCAGCCACACAGCUGAAACCAGAGAGCAUGCAGUCAGACCCUCGUGGGCCUUUGCGGGGCAGUGUCCAGUUGGAAACAUACAUGGCACAGAGAGAUAUGCGUGUUCUCUUGCACCAACAGGGCGAACGUUCAGCCACAGACCCUCACUCUGGACACAUUCAGGAGACGCUUCCUCCCUCUUCAACACCUUCCAACAUACCUUUAUCCUUGUCGCCAAGAUCACAUGUUUUGCCUAAAGGUGUGUCUGAGAAAGAUAUGACAAAGUCAUUAGAGGCAAAGAGACCCCACUCCCCUCUUCCCAAAGAUGGAAUGAUGGCUAUCCGACAAUCUGGGGCAGCAGUGGCAUCUCCUCAGAGAGUUCAGCUUAUGCCACCAGGACCUAGUAGCUCAUUCCCAGAGUACUCGGGGAUGUAUCCAAACCCAAGAAGCAUCCAUUCUCAGAUACCAGAGACAUCUCCUGGCCAUAACCAGCCACCACCAACUAUGGGUGCAGACCUCCAGGCAAAACCAGAUGGCAAGAUGACGCAGCCAGUUAAUAUGGUGCAGUUGCUCACGAAAUACCCUAUUGUGUGGCAAGGCCUGCUGGCGCUGAAGAAUGACACAGCUGCAGUCCAGUUGCAUUUUGUCUGUGGCAACAAAGCCUUGGCUCAUCGAUCACUGCCCCUACAAGAAGGAGGCGCGCUGCUUAGGAUUGUCCAGAGAAUGAGACUAGAGGCUUCACAAUUGGAGAGUGUGGCCAGGAGAAUGACAGGGGACAGUGACUACUGUCUUCUCCUUGCUCUACCAUGUGGACGAGAUCAAGACGACGUCCUAAAUCAAACUCAAGCUCUUAAGGCCGCUUUCAUUAACUACCUGCAGACAAAGUUGGCUGCUGGUAUCAUCAAUAUCCCCAACCCAGGUUCCAAUCAGCCUGCCUACGUGCUACAGAUCUUCCCACCGUGUGAAUUUUCAGAGAGCCACUUAUCCCAGCUCGCCCCCGACCUCCUCAACAGGAUCUCCAGCAUCUCACCACACCUCAUGAUUGUUAUCACCUCUGUGUAACCUUCACUGCUGGGAACUGUCCCACAGGUGAAUGUUCUUGCUGAUGAGCCUCAGGAAACCAGAGGAAUAUGAGAAUUUUUUUUCCUGAACACAAUGGGAAUGUGUAGGAUCUACCCCAUCAACACUUUUUUUCUUUUUUCCAUCGAUCCUUUUUUUCUUUUGUCACUCCUGUCUGGUAUUUUUGUCCUUCUCUACAGAACUCAGGGAUGGACCAAACCAGAAUCAGUCUUAUUUGACCAUUUCUCUGCUGUAUUUCUAUUUAUUGGAGUUUUAUUUUAAUGUUCGGAGAUGCUCUGAAGAAAAAAAAUCAGGAUGUUUGAUGAACAAGAGUGACAGUUUGGGUGGCCUUUUUUCUUUCAUCUGUCUUUUAUUGAUUGUCAUAUUCAUUUCUUCACAAGAGAGGAUCAUAGAAGCUGUUGUACCACAAUGGCUGAAAAGACAUUUCGGCGUGUAAUUUUAAAUAAUUAUGUACAGACUUCCUCACCCAGGCUUUCUUUAGAGGAGGAAGAAUUACCAUGUAAAACUAUGGAGACCCUGUAGAGGACCACGUUCGUUUAAGAGCUCCUUUAAUUCCACCAGCUCUGCUCAUUUUCUCACACUACUGAAGCAGUUACACCUCUGGCCACCUGCCUUUGCAUUGAACAAGCUACAGUAUGAUUUGGGAGUUUUUGAAUACAGGACUUUGUAAAUAUUUUAAAUAUUUAAACUUUGACUAUGGAACUUGGACAACAGAGAUUUGAACUCUGGGACAUACCAGAACGCAGUGUGGAAAUUAGAUGGAUAUCUUCGACUUUUGGGUGUAAAUACUUGUAACACAAGAAGGUUGGCAAACUCUCCUGUGGAGUCUGCUGAUGGCACUUCAUAUUUUGUAACUCAAAUAAAACAAACUCCAGAAAACUUGAA